UGAGAAUUAGUUGCCUUUUUGGAAGUUUCCCCACUUUUAAACCUGACUGAAUUGGUAAAAUGACUGCUCCAGUUCCAAAACUGUGGAACUACAUCCCAGAAGAAAUCCUCAUCCAGGUUUUCCAUUAUCUUUCUCUUCGAGAUAGAUACACAGUCUUCCAGGUGUGCAGACAGUGGGCUGCAGCCGUUUCUUCCAGCUCCGUCUGGCAUUUCACAGCCAUCAGCUGUGACUCGGAGGAUGAGGAGGGCAUGCUGCAGAGCCUGCGCCAGUUCCUCACCCAAAUCAAACACCUGAAGAUUGUGUUUGACCAGUCCAAGGAGGUCAACCGGAAGAACGUGACAUGCAUCUUGGAUGCGCUGGCAAAACAGAACCACAAGCUGCAGCAGCUCUGCAUUGUGUGCCACGGGGAGAACCCUUAUUUCUACUCUGGCCAGGACAUCCUACAGAGCAUACGGAAUUUGUGUGAUGCUAAAAACCAGAUAGAUCUUCAGCAUAUUGAUUUUCGAAGGAUGCCCUUCACUCUCAGUGGUGAGCUUGUUGAACUCUUAGCCACCACCAACCCAAACCUGCAGAGCUUGUUCGUCAACAACCGCACCCUAGUGUGCAACGUGGCACCAGACACCGUUAGGAGAGUUCUCAGAGCAUGUCCCAGACUCUCAGCCUUGGGGGUUUAUUAUGCCAGUUUGUCUGACGAGGUAUUUCAGGAACUGCUCAAGCCUGACAGAGCAGCUUUCACCUAUUUAGACAUUUUCUGUGAGCGCCUGGACAAAUACAUACCGGUCAUCUCAGAAGAGCUCUGGGCUGCUGUAAGUCAAAAGCAUCCUCAACUCUGUGUAGACCUGGAGUUUGAUCAUACGGUCCCUGCCUGCAAAAUACCUCGGAUCCUAAAGCUGAACAUACCUGUGAGCACUCUGCAACUUAACACCUAUAAUUACAUGGUAAAUCAGAUCAGGUUUGUCACCCAGAGCUACAGCAGUACCUUAAAGAAGCUGACACUGCAAACGACCUCCUCGGAGGACUUGAAUUCCUCGCUGGUAGACCUGGCCAGGCAGUGCAGAAAUCUGCUGGAGAUCCACUGCUACUGUGUGGUCAGCCAGGAGGUGGUGGAAGCGUUCCUCACGCACUGCCCCAGGCUGGCACGGUACACUCUGAAGGUCACCAAGGAACGGCACCCCUGGAAAGCAGUGAUGGUUCAGUGACC